AUGGUGCUUGUAGAUCCGGAGCCCAGGCUAAUGGAGAGGGAACGGCAAGGGGCUGGCGUGCAGCGGGAAUGUCCACAGCUAGUGAGCAGACAGCCAGCUGUGGUGGCUGAGCUGGGCCUUCCUAUUGGAGGGCAGCCCCUGCUUCUGAAGGCUCCUGCCUCCUCUAACAAGUCUGCUCUUGUCUUGUAGCCAGAACCCAAUCCUGGAGACCUGAUUGAGAUAUUCCGCCCUCUCUACAGACACUGGGCCAUCUACGUUGGCGAUGGAUAUGUGGUCCACCUGGCCCCACCAAGUGAAAUCGCCGGAGCUGGUGCAGCCAGUAUCAUGUCUGCCCUGACGGACAAGGCCAUCGUGAAGAAGGAGCUCCUGUACGACGUGGCCGGACGGGACAGGUACCACGUCAAUAACAAGCAUGACGACAAGUACAUGCCGCUCCCUCCCAGCAAAAUCGUGCAGCGCGCGGAGGAGCUGGUGGGCCGCGAGAUGCUCUACAAGCUGACCAGCGAGAACUGCGAGCACUUUGUCAACGAGCUGCGCUACGGGGUCGCCCGCAGUGACCAGGUCAGGGAUGCUGUGAUGGCGGCCGGCAUCGCGGGAGUGGGUCUGGCUGCCAUGGGCCUCAUCGGAGUGAUGUUCUCAAGAAACAAGAAGCAAAAGCAGUAG